AUGUUCCAGCUGUCGGAAGAGUCCAAGGAGCGCAUCGCGCGCAUCAUCGACGUCUCGCGCGUCGCCAUUCACUACGGCUACCUGCCCUUGAUCCUCUACCUCGGCUACUCCCAGAGCCAGCCAAAGCCCUCGCUCAUCCGGUACCGCCUCUACCCUCUCCACUCCUUGGCCUGCAACACCAGCUCACACCUGCACACAGUCUCUUUUCUCCUCUCGCAUAAGCUUGCCGCUGUCGCAAUCGACCCUCUGAAUGACUGUUUGCAAUUCACUGUACAACACAACCUUAAUUCGGCGCAUCGCUAUCUGGGGCACACUGCUGGAGCUGCAAGGAUGCGCGGCAGACAAUUCUGCCCCUCGCCGGCACGCAUCUCCUCUAUAGCAUUCGACCUCGACCGUCUACGUACGGCAUGA